AUGGGUGAUCGUGCGCCUAAACUCAACAAAGAACUCUUUUUGAAGCGCCUCGAAAAGCUUUACACAAGCUGGGUAAGUUAUUUUUUCCAAUUUCAAGAUAAAAAGCUAAUUUUUUCUGAAGAAAGAUGAUGCGAAAAUAUUGAAAGACGUUUCUUCCAUUUUUGUUCUCGUUGGGAGUGACGAAGAUGCGGCUCAGUACAGCAAAUCCGUAUCCUUUCAGGUUUUCUUUUUCACUUUGAAAUGAUAUCUUAAUAUUUACGUUCAGACAUGGUUAACGGGCUUCGAACUUAAAGACACACUCAUUUUAUUGACUAAAAAGGGUGUUCAUAUUCUGGGAAAUAAUCGAAAAGCAGACUUUUUCCUUUCGGUUGUUAGUGAAAGUCCUCGUGGUAGCGUGCCUCCAGUGAAGGUUCAUCACAGAGACAAGGUUUGCAUUUGGAAUCGAAAUUUGGUCAUUGCUUCUUUUUCAGUCCAACAAAGACGCGAAAAACUUCGAAAAUUUUCUUGAGUACAUCAAAAGCGACUCGAACACAAUAGGUGUGUUUGCAAAAGACAAAGCGGAGUCGGAAUUCUCUAAUUUAUGGGAGAAAGCUUUGAAGUCAGCCGAAAUGAAAAAGGUUUUUUUUUCCAAUUUGGUUGAAAAAAGUCAUAUUUUCUUCUCAGGUCGACGUAUCAUUGCCGUUUUCCCAUCUUUUUUCCAUGAAAGACGAAGAAGAAAUGGAAGUCGUUAAAAAGUCCGCUACGGCUACUGUUAACAUUUGGAGCUAUGCACGCAAGAGAUACGUGGAAAUAAUCGAUCAAGAGCGGGUUACUUUUUUCCGUUUCUGGCAUUUAGUGUAAUCUUUUCUUGUUUCAGAAAGUGCGUCAUUCGGCUUUGUCGGAAGAAUUGGACAAACAAGUUAAAGAACCGAAAGUCCAAGGGCCGUUGGCCAAGGGAAAAAUCGAGGCCUGUUAUGCGCCGAUUGUGAUGAGCGGGGGAACGUAUUCCUUCAAGUGGAGUAACGAAAGGUACGGUAUGCUGUAAAAGCCCAAAAUAUCAGUGAUUUUUUCAAGAAAUUUGUUUAAAAGUAAGGAAAAUGUCUUAAAAACUUGAAAAUUGAAAUUUGCACAUUAAAAUUUGAUCUCCCAUACUCGAACCCUUCCUUUGAAUCUAAAAAAAAUCGAAAAUAUCAAGCUUGAUGAGUUAAGAGCUAGUUUUAGCCAUGUUGCUGGUGCCGGAAAACUAUACUUUCAAGGCCUCAAAAAGCCUUAAUUUUGAGUUUUUUUUUUGCGACAGUCUAGACAGGAAUUCUCUAUAUUCUUGUUUAAUAUAAAUUUAUCUCUUUCAAACUUUCUUAAUGUACAGUUUUUCAAAUUUUGAUUUAGAACAGCAACAAGUUUUCUACCUCCAUCAUUAGAUAUCGGUCAACACGGAUGCGAAUUUCGGAGUUUUAACGUUUGAAAACAUUUUUGGGCUAAACAAAAUUCAUCAUUUGAUGAUAUGGUUUUGGUGACAGCGAGGAAGGAUAUAACUGCUAAAAGAACAGGCUAACUGAGAUUUUACACAGAAAACCAGCCCAUUUUUUCUUUUUCUAAUGCGUAGUUUCCACAAAAAUAGAGAAAAACUUUGCCACGAAGCUUUUAAAAUACUUUGAUAACCGUAGCAAGAGGAUUUGAACGAAUAAAAAAGAAUAUUUUUUAUUGAAGUAAACAAUUUACUGUACACUUUCACUUGCAGCACGGAAUCGUAUCUUCAUUCUGGCUAUGGAUCGAUUGUCACUUCACUCGGCGCACGAUACGAAGUUUUUUCUCUGACCUUUCAUUUCCUAACACUUCCAACUGCUAGGAAUACUGCACCCAUGUCACACGAACAAUGCUCAUUUCUCCAUCCAAAGAGUUGGAAGACGCCUACGAAGCCAUUCUGUAUGCUGAAACGGCGGUUAUCAACGCCUUGAAAGAGGGAACUCGUCUUUGUGAUGUUUACAACGUCGGCACGAAGGCGCUUGCAGAGAAAAACCCUAAACUUCUCGAAAAUCUACACAAGAAGGAACUGGGGUAAUCACUUCAUUUUGUUUGUUUUGAACUUGAUGCAAUUUUUACAGAUUUGUUACUGGAAUCGAGUUCCGGGAUAGCUGUCUCACAAUCAGCCCAAAAUGCGAGGAAAAAGUUCAAGCUGGCAUGAUUUUCGUCGUCUUCAUCGGCGUAGAAAACAUCCGCAACAAAAAUUCGAGCGGCGAAGAUGGAAAACGGGCCGCGAUCGCCUUGUCAGACACUGUUGGUUGUUUUUGAAUGGAAGUUCUGUCGAAACGUUUACUUGCGUGAUACCGAAAUACAAAGGGGAAAGCCCCCAUUUUGACGUAAAUUUCUAAUUUUUAAUGUUUCAUCUUUUAGGUACUCGUGAAAGCGGAAGGAGAGAAUGAAAUUCUCACUGAGAAAGCGAAAUCGCGUCUGAAGUCUAAUGUCGUCCGCUUCAAAGAAGAUGCUCCCGGUAAGAAAAAAAGAAACUUAGGACACUCACCCAAAAUUUUCUCAUUUUUCCUCUUUUUCGCCUCAGUAGGGAACAUGUUUCCGUAAAAUACAAAAAUUAGAAAAAAAAAACGCCAUUUUAAACUUUCGAAGCGUCCUCGGACAUUGGAAACGCGAAACGGACUGUGCGAUUCUAGUUAUCACUUAAGAGUGCUGAGGCUACUAAAGUGGUCACUAAAAAUGCCCCGACACGUCCGAUUCGCGUCCCGUUCGCGUUACCAAGGUCCGAAUCUAAACUCGAAUACGAUCUAUUAAAAAACUUCCCCUUGUCAGUUGAAAUCGAGUGAAAAUCUGAAAUCAACAUUAAGACAUCAUUUGCUUUUUCAAAAGUAUCAAAAAGACAGGAUUAUCAUGACACUCGGUAUAAUGCUAUUCAGGUGUAGAGAAAGGAGCGGAGAAAGAGAACGGGAACAACGAAUUUCUGGGCCGUGGCCAGAGGAGUGUCGUCCUGACCGAUCAGACCAGAAACAAAACGACGAACGAGGAGAAGCGCAAGGAGCGACAGCGGGAACUGGCCGAGAAGGUCAACGAGGCGGCCAAGGCGCGUCUCGCCCAGAAGACUGGCGGCAGUGACGACAAAAAGUUGCCAAAAGUUGCGCUAUUCGGGCAAUCUUCCUAUUUACAGAGUCAAAAAAUCGAACAUUUCAUACAAAUCCUACGAAAAGUUCCCGCAAGAUCAAGAGCUCGAAAAACUCCUGAUCCACGUCGGUGAGACAUAUCUUUAUUUGAAUUCUGCUUUUCUGAUCUUUGGAAUAACAAAAAAAGAAGGAGAAAAUCCGUUCUUUAUUCAGAUCGACGCCACGACACGAUUCUUCUCCCCAUUUUCGGCGUUCCUGUACCCUUUCACAUUUCAAUGAUCAAGGUAGAGUUUCGGAAGAGUUUAAAAUAUAAAGAUUUAUUUGAAGAAUUGCUCGCAAUCCGUGGAAGGGGAUUUCACAUAUCUUCGAAUCAAUUUCAACCAUCCGGGCUCGCAAAUUGGCAAGGACAACGCUCAGUUUCCAUUCCCCAUGGCGACUUAUCUCAAAGAACUCUCAUAUAGGUUUUGUUUGUUUCGAAGAUAGUUUAAAUACUACUGAAUAUAGAGCGAGUAACAUGAAGGAACACGGAGAAAUGAACGCCCCGAGCUUCAAUUUGAACACGGCGAUCAGAUUGAUCAAGGAGAUUCAAAAGAGAUUCAAGUGAGUUCUCCAAUUUUUUUUGUUUCUAUCAUUUUUUUACAGAACGGAAGAAGCCGAAGAAAGAGAAAAGGAAGGCGCUGUGAAGCAAGAUAAGCUCGUUCUGAGUCAGUCGAAAGUGAAUCCGAAGAUCAAAGAUUUGUAAGAUUUCCGUGACUCGAACAUUCUUACUUUCUCGUUUUGAGGCUCAUCCGACCGAACAUCAUCCAGAAACGUAUAACGGGCUCCCUAGAAGCUCAUGUCAAUGGAUUCCGGUACCUGAAACUUUGAAUAUUCCAAGCAACUUGCCAAAUUGAAGGUACACAUCUCUGCGAGGCGACCGCAUCGACGUCAUCUACAACAAUAUCAAACACGCCUUCUUCCAACCUUGUGACAACGAAAUGAUAAUCCUGCUCCAUUUCCACCUAAAGAACCCUGUGAUGUGGGGCAAGAAGAAAUACAAGUGAGAAAGUAGAGCACAAACGCAUUUCCAACCCCCUUUCGACUUUCAGAGACGUCCAGUUCUACACAGAAGUUGGAGAAAUAACCACGGAUCUGGGCAAGUACCAUCACAUGCAAGACCGUGACGACGUCCACAGCGAGCAGGUUUCCUGUCUUUUUCUUCCAAUCACGCGAAUACCAAAGAUUUUAGGUGGAGCGAGAGAUGAGACGCAAACUGAACGCCGCCUUUGCCAGUUUCACGGACAAGGUUUGUUUGGGGUGCCCCCAAUGAUAUUCCUGCCCAUUCAAGGUGCGACGACUGACAAACGACCAAGUCGACUUCGAUUCCCCCUUCACCGACCUGGGCUUCUUCGGAGUCCCUUACCGGUCUUCUUGCACUCUCCGGCCAACUUCUCUCUGCCUUGUCAAUCUGACCGAAUGGGUAAUAACAGAUCUUCCAAAUGUAUCCAUUUCGAUGUUCAGCCGCCUUUCAUCGUGACCCUCUCUGAAGUCGAACUCGUCCACUUUGAGCGAGUUUCGUUCCAGUUGAAAAACUUCGACAUGGUCUUCGUCUUCAAAGAUUACGCUCGCAAAACCCAAAUGGUGCAGCAGAUCCCAAUGAACAGUCUCGAUACCAUCAAGGUCGGUGUAUAUUUCACCUCUCUACGUCGUUUUUUGUUGUCAAAUCUCUUUUUGAAGAGUUAAAAGAGGAUCUUUAUCGAGGCAUAUGACUAUGUGAAAACUUUCAGGAGUGGCUCAACUCUUGUGACAUCCGCUACACGGAAGGAAUACAGUCUCUGAAUUGGCCCAAAAUCAUGAAAGUAUGUUUUUUAUAAUUGCCGAAAAAGAGAACUUUUGAAAAAUACUGUCGUGGUUCUUUGUCGAAAAAUGGCAUUCAUAUGCUGCUUUUUAGAAAAAUCUUCGUAAUAAGGACAUUUUAGAGUUUUUUUUGUUUUAUAGAAUAAUUUUUAAUCUCUAGAUUCGGAGCGAGGUUUUGAUAACGUUUUUUGUUUUGGUACUUCUCUGGUUCCUGGUGUGAUUUAUAUACAGGAAAGUCCACAAAAAGCAACUUGAUAUAUUUUUUUUUCUGCAGUCUUUUUCACAAUAUACUUUAGGACUAGAACCCUGAAUUUUCACUGAAAAAAGUUAUUAAUCGCAUCUCUAAGCGAUUAGGCUUCGUUUUUUUUUUUCAACAGCAAAAUCAACUUCUAGGUAACCAAGCUCUCUAUUUUUAUCGAUAUUUUUUUUUACCAAUAUGAAAAAUCAGACUAUCGUCGACGAUCCCGAGGAUUUCUUCGAAACUGGCGGCUGGAAAUUCCUCGAUACUCACUCUGACGACGAAGGGGCUGAAGUGAGUUCAAAUUUUUGACCGAUUCGUAAUUCAGAAAAUUCAUUCAUCUGAGUGUUGCAGGACGAGAGUGAAUCCGAAGAUUCGUAUGACCCUAGCGACUCGGAAGGAUCGGAAGAAGACAGCGACGAAGACGAGAGCGAAGGUUUCCUUGCUUCGAAACCGCUCAUAAACAAGUGCGGCUGGUUAAGGUGAGCAGACGGAGAGCGAAGACGAGGAGGGGUCGUUGGAUUCUGAUGAGUCGGAAGGCAAGGAGUGGUCCGACCUCGAGGAAGAAGCCGCUCGGGCCGAUAAACGGAUGGAGCAGGUUCGGCUCUUUGGCUUCCCAACGGUCAUCGAAUUGAUUUUGAGGAAGGCAGCGAUCCUCGUCAUCGGGAUAGGGAUCGCGAUCGGAAGCGUGGAGGCGUCAGCAGCAAAGGCGGUCCGCCUAUGAAAAAGAAAAAAUAAAAUCUCUUCCUUGUGUUAAAUUAUCCUAUCUUUUUUCAUCAUCAUGAUCGCGAUUCAGAAUCCAAAUCUCACAGUUGUUAACCGUUUUUCUACUGAUUUGUCUGUCAAAAAUGGCUUUUAAAAGCUGAAUCUGAUUUAAAACGCAUUUUCUUUUGAAAAAAGUCAAGUAGAAUCACCGCAUGUUCAAACCUCAUUUAGUGAAUGAAGUCACAGUUUAAACUAUCAAAAUAGUUGAUCAGUCGAUGCAUUUUAUUUCGAUUGCAUAGUUCCUUUAAAAAGGCGAAAAAAAAUGUUCAAAUUGUUAUUUUGUUGAUAUUCGUGCGUUUCGCUUCAAGACCUUCUUUUGAAUUGUAAGCAAACUAGAGACCGGCUACAGGCUACGGCGGUUCGCACAUUCGGUGAAUCAACUUGAAUGCCUCGCUCAGAAAGCGAAGAAAUAUAUUCGAAAAAACCAGUGAUUCCACAGAUUUUUUCUCUCAUCUAUCAUGCAUUAACCUCGGACAUCGACGUGUAAAGUCAAAUAAUUUACGCUAUCUUUCCAUAAAUUAACUAUUUUCCGGCUCGCGAUUGUAUGCUUGAUAAUAUUUCACGUUUCAUCUCAUUUUGUUGAAUAAAACUGACAAUGAAUAUUCUCGCAAGUUUUUGGAAUAGCGAGGGUGGAAGUUCCAGGUUACUUACCUUUACUUUAUAAAUUGUGACGAUUAUGUAUCGAAUAGCAUCAUUUCGAUUCUAGUGCAAUUCGUUAAUUUCAGUAGAAGUUUUUCUGAUAACGAGGCAGUGAUUCAAAGAUUUUUCAUUUUUGAGAAGUGUAAGCUGAAGAUUACACUUUGAAUCAGGGUUGUGCGAGAUCUCGUCUCGAAUUACCGAUGGAAAGUUUGGUAUUAAUGAUUUAAGUACGUUCGAAUUGUCGUAAACUGGAGUAGUGCAAUGAGGAAAGAGGAACAGAUCCGAAAAAUAGCCAAUUUAUAACUUUUUAAUUAGUUAAAAAACUAAAAGAUCGAAGGUAUACCCAGCGCGCGCACUUUCGGCAACAAAAACGCCGUCAGUGCCUAAGUUAUUUGGGCGUUUUCAAAAUUGACUCGUUGAUCGUGGCGUGUUCUUUGGAAAAAACGAAAGUUGCUUCGAAACGCAAAAAAUUGCUCGAAAACAAAAAUUAGUACUGUUUUGGAGCAAAUUUGGCGCGCCGAUGAACACGAUUUUUCGUUUUGAAGCAUGUCCCGUUUCUCCGAUGAACACGCCAUCGUUUGAAACUAUACUAAAUUGUUAUUCCGGGUAUAACCGCGCAAGAAAUCACCGGGCCUUGACGUGUUAUUUAGAUGUGUGUAGAACCGGCAUUGCCCUUGGAUCUUUAUUAGAGCAACUCGGCACCGCCAAUUGGUAUGCGUUCUGAGCGCAAGAGUGACAACACAAGUAGGCGGCGUGCCGUUGGCACGUCUACAUGAUAGUGCAUAUGGCAAUGAGGUCAAGUCAAAUGGCGUCCUGUCACACGGGAGCUCUUAGAAAGAAUGAAUCCUAUAACGACUUUACUUAGAUACGACCUUUUUUACGGUGACUUUUACUGCUCAACUUCAAAUUUUGAAUGUAAUUAGGCAUUUCCAACGAAAAUUUCGAACUCACGCGUAAAAGUCAACUUAAAGAUGUCCAUUCUCCGGUUAAUCUUUAUAAGACCCAUUUUUUUCCAAGGACUCUCGGAAUACCUAUUUCGCCUAGUUCGCGGAAUCCUUUAAAAAAUUUUUUUAUAGUCAAUGUUUCCUGACUUGAAAGGCGAGGGAGGCGGGGCAAGGGGCGGGACGCGUAGCGUGUGCGUACGCGGUUCUUGGCGCCAGUUCAAUUCAGUCGCCGCCGACUGUUUAAAAAGCUCGGCCACCGCUCUUUUUCUGUAUUUUCUUCUAUUUUUUGAUGCACACAUGAACAUAAUCAAUAAAUAAUUAAAAAAACAAGUGAAAAGAGCAAUAAAUAAGCUCUCUGAAUGCUCGCUAGCGGUUGAAUUGAACACGUGCCAAGAACCGCGUACGCACACGCUACGCGUCCCGCCCCUUGCCACGCCUUUCAAGUCGGGAAACAUUGACUAUACACCUUUUCACAAUAAGUUACAUGUUCAAAGUGGUUUCGCAAACUUUCUAUUAUUCCAAACAUUUUUGAUACUUCCUGAGAAAACAUUUUUUUAAUUUUUGUUCGUGAAAUAUAUUGUAUCGUUAAUAUGAUAACGAUCAUACUAUUUUUUAAAAACUUCUGUCUGAAAACUUUUGAAAAGUUUCUCGCUCGAUCUCGUCUCGAUUUUCCGUCUCGAUUUUUCGAGACGGGUCUUAGAAAAUGUCUCGUCUCGUCUCGAAAGAUCAAGGCAACACAUCAUUUCGUCUCAAACUCAAAAAGUCCUAUAGGCCAUUCCGCGCCAGCUUGUCACGUUUUUCUUUCCGCCAAAAGGCCAGGUGAAAUUUAACCAACUUUCGCUUCAAGACUUUUGUUUCUUGCCAUUAUAAAAGCAGACGUGACAAGCUGGCGCGGAAUAGGCUAUAUAUCGCACAACCCUGCUCUGAAUAUUCAAAAAUCCUUCGAGCUGUUACAUCUUUCAUUUAGUUCAAAAAAGUUUUAUAACUUCUUCGAAUAAUUUUAUUCGUUCAAAAAUCGCAUAAAAUGAAACAGGAUAUAGGAAAUAACGAUGUCACUCCCAAAAGAAAGGCGAGAAUUCCUAAUUUGGGCAAAUUAUGAAGGAUUUAAACUUGGGAUCAAAUAGAAGCUGCAGCACAUGCACUGAAGAUGAGCUCUUCGCCGGAGACUUCCGCGGGACGGAGAUCCGCGACGCCAACCUUGGAUCCCAGUGAUGGCGACGACCUUUGUGAGUUUCUGGAUUCGACAUUUGAUUCCCUUAUUCGUUUGGUUCUCUGCCUUAAAAAAAGGUUUUGAUUAUAACUUUUGGGUUUUUUGAGCCGACUCACCGCUGGCGCUGUAAAAAGAAAAGUAAGUGCGAGAAAAAUUUAGCUGCUACACAGAAUUCGCUUAAGCUUUCAGCCAUACUGGGAAAAGCUGAAGUGGUUCCUAGAAGGAGUUUGAGGUUUAGGAGUCCUUUAGUAACCUUUGUAGAGUGUUUUUCCUCCCUAUAGGACCCGCUCCAGCUUUUCCCAGUACGCUAUCAAUUCCAUGAAAAAUAAAUUUCGAAUAAUAGUCAGUUCUGAGAUGGAAAAAAAACUGAUUGUUGAAAAUAUUCGGAAAGAUAAGUUUUUAUGUUCGAAUUUUGCACGUCGCAAAUAGAAAAAAAAUUUUAAUGACUUUUUUUGCAAUGCUCACUUAUCUGUCUUCAUUCAGUAGAUAUAGCCGAAUUACGGUUAGCUUGAGACGCUAAGAGGGCGUGGCCUGCCUGCGCUCUCCACGAACCCACUGUCUCUUUUUUUUUUAUCGCGUCAAGACCCUUUUUUCGAUAGCUUAAGCCCUCCGUUAAUCAGCUAUAAUCGGUUUUCAAGAAGCCCCGUAUUUUGGACCGUAUUCAUCCCCCUUCUUCGAAGAGUUAAAGACGAAUUUUAUAAAUUAUCAGUUGAAAUUAGAGAGAUCACUACGGAUUUGUAGUGAUGUGCCGCGUGUGUCGAGGCAACGAAGGCAGUUUGUAUUACCCUUGUCUGUGUACCGGAAGCAUCAAAUACGUCCAUCAAGAAUGUUUGAUACAAUGGCUCAAGUAUAGGUAAGAUAUAUCCAUAUGGCGAGAACUCUGAAGGAUUCUAUUUCAGUAAGAAAGAAGUUUGCGAGCUGUGCAGCUACAAAUACUCGUUUCAACCGAUAUAUCGUCCCGACAUGCCGAAAGCUUUGCCACUCGCGGAGAUCACGAAAGGUUCUUUUUUCGCUUGCUUUCAUUACAAAAAUCAGCGAAUUCAAGAAGAGUGCUGAGGAAUUUCUCUGCUUCUGAAGGCUUCAGGCCAAUAUCGUGAAAGCUGUCGAUCAUUUUCGAUAGGGUGGAAAGGGUGGAGAAAGGCUUCAAAGAGUGUUCCUUUUUUCCGGCCUUUUUGCGCCAUUUCAUCGGCCCUUAUGCACUAUUUUUGCUGCCUCUACCCUUUUCCACUAUUUUUUGAGCCUUUCAAGUUCUAGUAAAAAUAUUAAGGAAGUCUUUUUGCUGCCUUUCUGCGGCCUUUUUUGAGCCUCUCCCUUUUACCGGCCAUUAUCCACCAUUCCGACCUUGCUCGAGUAAGAAUAUGCUUUCAGUAACGCUUAACAAAAACUUUUUUUAGUUUUUUUAGCUUUUUCUCAAUCUAUAUUUUUUUAGCUGUCAAAAAAAUCAAAUUUUUAAUGUUUUUUUGGGGCUUUUUCUAACAGAAAUUAAUCAUUACGAAAUACUAAUUAUUUCUUUUUAAUUUUUUGCGGAAAAAUAUGAAGUCCUAGCUAAAAAAUAAGAUGCUAGCAUUAAUAGAAAAGCUUUUCGUAGAAAGCUGUUUUCAGGAGUUUUGAUCUCAACGGGUAAGAUGUUCAAGACGUGGCUGCUGUACACUUUGGUGAUGGUGGCGUGGCUCGGACUGGUGCCGCUCACCACGGCGAGAAUCUACAACUGCAUCUUCCACGUCUCGCUGCACGAACUCUUCUCGCUACCCUUCCAAGUCUUCCGGACCGAUCAAAUCUUCCCUGACAUCAUCAAGGUUCUGUCUGGACCCUUCUCUCUCUCAGACGCUGUGUCUUCAGGGCGGAGUUUUGCUCGCCAUUUUCAUCUGCAUCUUCAUUUCGUUGGUCUGGCUCCGUGAACAGAUCGUUCUAGGAGGCCCUGCCAAUUUCUUAGCUUUUGGUUUAUUCGAUUCGCGUUCUCUUCUAUUUUUUCGCUUUAGAAGACGAAGUAGAAGGAGAUGCGGGAGAGGUAGAGGAAGCCGUUGGAGCCGAAGAGGCGCCGGCUAAUGAUGCCGCUCUUGAAGAAGACGUCGAUACCGAAGACGAUAAUGACGAGGAAGAGGAAGGCGCUGAGAUAGUACGCUUUUUCAAAUAGAAAAAUUGAUUCCUACGCUAUCAAAAGAAUCAAAAGAAAACGAAAAACUUCUAUUCUUACAAAGUUUUGAACCCCGGUCAUAGACACCGCAGUUCAAGGUCGCUAGCCACUACACCACGCUGCCAACUGAAGUCACAUACCCUCUUGCCUUACAGCACUUGUUCAGAGUGCAAACUUUGAAGAUUCAUAACUCGAAAACGAGAAAUUGUAUUCGUGUUCUGGAAAGAGGCGAUCUUAUAGUACAUUUCAGCAAAAUUUCAUGAAAAGUUCAACCGACCACCACUUCUCUUGUUAAGUGGACUGUUAUAACCACAGCUGAGACUGGAAUUUUUUAAUAAUAAGAUGAAAAAAAUAGACUUUUUCUGAUUGAUCUGACUGCUGUGAGUUUGGAAUCCGAGUGGCUCUCAAGAUUGGCUUCUCUGUUACUGAUGAGGGUCGCCUAACCGGGCUAACACGGGGGCUCAGCGCGUGCGCCUGUAUUAAAACCGCAUAAGCAAAGCUGGUAGAACGUUUUGGCAAUUUUUGGGCCAGCUGAGGCGCGGUUUUAGCCCAGUUGGGUCACCGAUUUUCGAAAUAAAUAGCUGGAUCACCUUUUUUCUCAAACCCGUGGUCCCCCCGUUUUAGCCCAACUGAGACUCAAAGCCUAAAAAACAGGGGUACACCCAUUAGGGCACCUGGCCGUCUUGCGAGUUCAUAGCAUUCAUUCGAAUCACAAUUCCGAUCAAAAAAUUAAAAAAAAACUAAACUCCUUUGGCGAAUCAAAUAAGAUUUAUUAAGGUGGAAGAAGCAGCUCAGCAGGCGAACGUUGCCGACGCUGGAGUGGAAGAAGCGCCGCGAGUCCGUCGAGGUAACCGUGAGACGGAUGGACGUCGUGAUCCGCUGUUUCAGGUCGACAGCCUCGUGCCGCCGCCCAGGAUCAGGACGACAAUUGGCGAGACUGGGACAGGUGAUUUUUCUACAUCAGGAGAAAAUCCUUGACCAAAUUCAUUAGAGUUUCCCGAAAAUCAGUGGACUUGAUUUUUUUGCAUUUUUUUAUGAACACAGGAGAAAAUGGGAGCCAGAAGCUUGGAAUUGAGAGAUAGUCGUUUUUGAACAGAGAAGAUGUCUUUGUCAGACCUAUCUAAAUCGUUACGCGUUUGAGAUUCGGAGAAGAUAUGACGUGGCAAAGACUCCUGGGCCUCGACGGCUCUCUGGUGUUUCUAGAGCACGUCUUCUGGAUGAUCUCUUUGAAUACCCUGUUCACGGUCACCUUCGGUACGAAUCUCCGUCAAUCACCGCUGAAUCUAUCGUUCAGCCUACCUGCCUUAUCGCUUCGGUUCAUACGUGCUCCACUUGGCCGGCGUCCAAGGAAAACUGCAGUACUUUCCUUCGAUCACAGCCAUCCUCUGCGGCUACGUCGUCAUUGCGAUGAUUUUCUACGUCAUGCAUCAAUUUGUCGGCUUCCUCAAGAUCAAGCCGUUGGUCGAGUUUGAGCUUCUUCUGAUCCAUGAGUUUUUCAGUCUGUAUCGAAUUUUCGGCAUCGCCUUCUUGAUACUAAAGGUUUUCUUGCUUGUUCUGAUGGAGAUCGGCUUUUUCCCUGUCAUGUGCGGCUGUUGGAUGGAUAUUUGUACGUUGGUUAGUUUUUCCUUUCUUUCAAUUCCGAUUCAAAAUACUUGACGUAAGCCGAUCCAACAGAUUAUUUCUCUUGGAAUUUCUUAGGAACUCCAGAGCGGCCCCCAUAGGGGAAAUUUUUGGUGCCCUCAGAGGGUCCCCUCUAGGGACCACUUCAUCAAUCUCUACAGGGACCUACAAAGCUUGCGAAAGUGGCCCCUAUAGGGGAAAUGCUAGUCGAUGAAUGUUAUUAACUCUAAGCUAAGAAGCAUUUUCGUGGAAAGAACUGAAUAAAUAAGCGUUUUUUGAAUUACAUUGAAAGAACCCUAUAGGGUCCAUUUGAGCUUUAGGGGCUAUGUGAUCAGACCUUAAACCCCUAUAGGGACCACUUUUUCGGCCCUUAUAAGGGUUGUUUUCCUCCCUGAACCCUAUAGGGACCGCUCCGGGACUCCUAAGUUGGUAAUUUUCGAGAAUUCGUCUACAGAAUGAUUUCUUUAAAAGAAGAAGAAAACGAUUUUCAGCCCCUGUUUUCGGCGACGCUGUCCCAGAGGGUAGCCACUUUUGCGGCUUCGCCUUUCAUGUCUGUUUUCAUACACUGGAUGAUCGGAAUGGUGAGUUGUGGAGGCCUUAACCAUUCACGCUGGUCUUCUCCAGGUCUACGUCUUCUACUCGGCCUCGUUCGUCUUGUUGUUGCGCGAAGUGUUGCGUCCGGGAGUCCUGUGGUUCAUGCGCAACCUCAACGAUCCCGAUUUCAACCCCAUCCAGGAGGUUUCCCUCGCCUUCUUCCUCAUGACUAGAAUAGUUUUCAGAUGAUCGACCAACCGUUCUCACGGCACUUCCGAAGGAUCAUCAUAUCAACUGUAAGUUUGUCGUCUCAUCAAAAAACACGAUUUUGGUGUUUAAGUCGUUGUUCUUCACGACGAUACUGAUGAUCUUCUACGUCCCUCUCAAGUUGAUACAGAAGGUUCUGCCGUCUGUGCUGCCGUACAACGUCUCGAUGAGCGCUGACACCCCGCUCAGCGAACUUUCUCUCGAGUUGCUCAUACUUCAGGUUUUUUUCUUGGAGCUUUUUUGGGAUAGAGUUAGAAAAUUCGCAAUUUCAUUUUUUUUUUUUGUUCAGCUCCAACUGCCUUUUCCUUUAGCUUCAUUCAUCUCCACCGUUUUUUAAAAAAUUUUUCAAAGCUUUUUCCGAUUAAGGUGGUGCUUCCCACUAUCCUCGAACAAGCCCACGGCCGAACUUUCCUGAAAAUUGCGGUUCGACAGUGGUGCAGGCUGGUUGGUCGAGUGUUGAAACUUGACAGGUUUCGGCGGAAUAACUGGCGUUCGAUCUCAAAAUGCUCUUGAAGGUACCUCUUGUCAGACAACGCAGCGAACGAACGUCAGGCUCAGCCGGCGGCGGCCGCCGGGGGUGGAUUGGCCGCCGAACACCAGGUGACUCACAGUAGAGCGGGAAAGAAAAUAUGACAAAGCGGCAAAAAAAAAUUAGACAACAAAAGUAAGCCAAAAAGAAGCGAGCUGAAAAUUUUUCCACCCGUUGACAGAAUUAUUAUCUUUUGCAUUCCAUCGAUAAAGCUAAAGGCUGAAAUUUGAAAGAUAAAGGCUGAUUCACGGCCGGCUAGAGCCAUAGAAUUAAUGGAAAAAAUUUGAAAAUUUUCAAUAAAUCCACGAUUUUGUAGGCGCUUCUGUUGCUUCGAGAGCCUCAGGCGUACGAGCCGUAUGUGCGACCCUCUUAUUUCCCAUUGAGAAUCGCCGUUUUGCUCGCCUUCAUGGCGGCCACAACUUCAUACUGUAGUGUUUGUUUCUUCGUGGUACCUGGUAGGACAAGUUUUUUCGAUUGUUAGUUUUCCUCGUUUUUCAGCAACGAUUGGCCGCUUGACGAUUCAUCUAGUGACGGGCCACACCAACGUCCACGAGAUUUACAGUGUCAGUAUCGAGGAAAGCGAGAGAAAAGAAGGAAAAGAAGUUCAGGUCGGCCUCGGCCUCUACAUCUGCUGGUUGAGCGGCAAAGCAGCUUACGUGCUGUCGCUUGUUUUCCGCCGGCGCGAUUCUCAGAACUUCCGGCAGGCGAUCCGAUAUUACUCCUACUUGGUUCGUCAAUACAAAAAUGGUUUUGCUAGGUCGAAAAGAAGCUAUUUUUUGAUUUUUCCCCAUUGAAAGAUCUAACAAGUUUUUUUUAGUUAGUAGUUCACUUCUUUUUCAAAUUGAUGUCUUUUUCAAAAAAAUCACUCUUCGAACUGGAAAAUAGGUCAAUAGUGAGCUCUUGGGGGCGCGCCGUAGAGCAACAGGUUGUCUGCCUGUCUAUGCCCCUCAAGCGAUACAAGGGGGGUAGGAAGAAGAAGACGACAGAACUCUUGAAAAUUUUAGUUUAAACCCUUAUUCUCGUAGAGGCAGACUAUGUAGGUCAUGCCAAAAAAAAUUUGAAACAUCUUGAAUAACUCUGACCGAAGAUAUUUUCCAUUUAAAGGGUUUGCGACUGAGCUUGGCGGCUUUGCCGGUACUCUUCCUCAUUCCCUGGCUGAUUGGCGUCUACUUCCAACUUGUCGUUCUGACUCCGAUGCGUCUAUCCUCUAAGCAGGCACGAAACAACACGUCUUUUUUUCAACUGAAAAAUCAGACGCCUUUGUACUUCCCAUAUCAAGACUGGGCGAUGGGAAUCCUCCAAAUGAAGGUUUAUGGCGUCGCCGUUCUGAUUGGUCCUGACUGGUGGUUGAAACGGCAGCUCGAGACGGUUCGUCUUAUUUGUGACCUAGUUUUUCGCCCUAUUAUCAAAACUUUCUCUUACUCGAAUAUAUUAACGAAAAAAGUAGGUUUUUGCGCGUUAAAAAUGUGCAAACGUAUGAAGGAUCUAUUCUGCUGCUAAAUUCAUAAUGCGAAAAGUGGCUCGAUUCAAAAUAACAACUUUAAAAAAACGUUCAUUUAUCAAAUUCACAAUGUAAAUCCACAGCCGGAGCUGCGAGACUCGCGUAGAUUUACGCGAUAUAGGCCACGCCCACUUUCACGCGCCUCGCCCGUUUUGCAACGCCGUGCAUUGUCUAAAAUUUUCUAAAAGUUCAUUCACUCAGAUCUGACGGAGUGGAUAUACAUAUUCUAAGUUUUUGAUGUGAAAUUUGUUUCCAAUAUUAAACUGACUCCGAUAAAUUAUACUUAUUUCAAAUUGUAGAUACAUCAACAAGGCUUGGCGAAUUUCAAUGCGACGGAUGUUUUGCUUCGUUUGGCGCUGCCCAUUUCUUUAUACCUCGGUGGUUGUAUAGCGGUGCCAGCAGUUUUAGUGAAAACUAUGGCACUUUUUCAUAGUAGGGAUCUGUCUUCACUAAAUAUGUCAAAGGGAAUGUUUAUAGGCUGGUCAGAACAGGAGAUGAUGUUACUCCUCCGGUUCAGCUACCCCCUGCUGCUUUUCGUUAUGAUCCUCGUCGCUUUCAUCCAAUGGCAACUGGUCAAAUUCCGCGAGCUGGCGGAAAACAUCAAAAAUGAGAAGUGAGCCGACUUGGGGUGAAUUGAACGGAUAUGACUUUCAGGUAUCUUGUUGGAACGCAGCUUGUCAAUUACGAGCGUUAG